AUGUCUUCUUCUGGGUCAAGGAGCUCACCAUGCGGCGGCGCCAACCCGGAGUGGAGCAAGAAGGAGAACAAGCUGUUCGAGGAUGCACUCGCCUACUAUGGCGAGGGCACUCCAGACCGCUGGCUCAAGAACAAGCUGUUCGAGGAUGCACUCGCCUACUACGGCGAGGGCACGCCCGACCGCUGGCUCAAGGUGUCCCGCGCCAUGGGCGGCACCAAGACGGCCGACGAGGUGCGCCGCCACUACGAGAUCCUUGACGGCGACAUCAAGCUGAUCGAGUCCGGCAGGGUCCCUUUCCCCAACUACAGCACCCAGGGGGCUUGGAACUGA